UACGGCCGUCAGAAUUGCCGCAGCAGCGCAUCCUUAGCUUUCUAUCGUCUUUUCGAAUCCUCUUUUUGUCCAACAUGAUUUGGCGUUGUUUCUUGUGUUACAUAUUUGUGGCGCUGACUCUAAAACAGUUGUUGAGUCACAUUAAUACCAUGCACAGUCGCAGCCCGGACUUUCGCGUAGUGUGUGGGAUUGAUGGCUGCUCGAGUGAGUACCGGGUGUAUAACUCCUUCUACUAUCACGUAAAGCGUAUGCACGCGCACCAUCUUCUCCAAGUUCAAGAAACCGAGGAGGUCGGAUCGUCUGGCCAGCGUUUACCAGAGGCACAGGAGAGGACAGCCACAACCAACCGGACUGAUGAUAAUAAUCCUGCAGUCGAGGUUGAUGGGACACAUGGAACACAUGAAUUGCAAGAACCUGCCCAGGGUUGCAUGAAGGCUAACCUUUCUAAACAUGCAACUGCAUUUCUUCUCCAGGCCAGAGAAACCCAGAGACUGACACAGAGAGCUGUUAACCAGAUGGUGAGUGGAGUCCAGCAAUAUCAAACAGCAUUAUUGGAGAACCUGAGUCAUCAAAUGAAGAGCAUCUUUGGGAGUCAUUCUGGAGACCUGGAUCAACUAAAGAGUCAUGCAAUGAGCGUAUUUGACCAGUUUGUUGACCCUUUUCGCCAGAUUGCUACAACACAUUUGCAGGACAAGACCAUCAAAGAACUGUUACAUCCAGUUGAACCAGAAAUUGUUACUGCAAAACAAACAGUGUCUUAUGUGAAGCGUGGAGAUUCCAGAGUUCUUGCCAUAAAAAAACAUUGUUUUUACUACAUACCAUUAGUUAAAAGUUUGGAGCAGCUGCUUUCACAUCCUAAAAUUCUUGAAAUGAUCAAUGAGGGGCCAGAGUCCUGCAAAGAUUCACUUCCAUGGGUCUGCAGUAGCCUCAUACAACAUGUGACUGGGCCGGCACACUCUUCGGUGGAAAAUCGGACGAGACGACAGGUUGGAGAGGAUUCUAGUGGUAGUGCCAUCACGGCACGCCCUUGA